GAGAGGGUAAGAGUUGCCAAGGAAAAGCCAAAGGUUCUGAAUAAGCGUAGGAACAUCGUGGCUCUCGGAUUCAGCUGAGCGAAAAUUCCUGCUACGCGUGAAAAUCAGAAUAUAUUUUCAGUUACAAUGCUGACGUUCUGCGUCCUGGUGCUGGCAACUGCCAAUUAUGCAUUUUCAUCACGCGUCAGUGAUGCGAAUGCUUUCGUGGACACCAUCUUCAAGGAGAAAGUGCCACCACUCGUAAGGGAGUCGCGGCAGCUUUACCCGUACGCAACGCUCGGGGACUUCAGCUUCAAGUUGCACAAGGACCGGUUCACCAACAGAGAGCUGAUGGUGAACAUGACACAUGGCAAGGUCAGAGGCCUGGACGAUGCCCUGCAGAGAGAGGGAGACUGCCGGGCGCCCUUCUUUCGCGGUGGACUGAGCGUCAUCGUUUGUAACCUCACCAUGCGAGGACUCAACAUUGCCUUCACUUCGCUGGUAACCAGGGACCCCCAGUUCGCUAGCUGGAAUAACGUUUGGGUGAGCGUAGAUGUGACGGACAGCAUUGUUCAUCUCGAAGCCAAAGCUCCUGUCGGUGAGGGCUACGGAGAAGUGCGCGCGUUCGUCAUCAAGGACAUGCAGCUCGACGUGACCUACGACAGCGACCUGAGUCUCAACCCGGAAAGCAGCGAGAAGUUCAAGGAGGAAAUCUCGGCCAAAGUCAAGGAAGAGUUACGGAAAAUUUUCACCCAAUAUGUGUCACUUGUCCGCCAACUUUUCAGAUCUAUUCGCGUCCGAUGAGGCAUAACCUAAUGGUCACUGCGAAGGAAGACAUCGUUAAGGUCAUUACUUUCGCAAUACAGCGUCAAGUAACAAGACCAGACUAAAGAGGGGGCACAUGAGUGGCUAACAUGUCCGCUUGUUAUUGUGUUCUUGUGUGCUAUACCGCUACAUUACAAGGUGAAUGUUCACAAACUUGCCCAAAUCACUACGUUACAUGUUAUUAAAAAUGAAUAAUGUUAUCUUCAUUCAGUGAUUACACG